CACAGACGCUGGGGUUCCUGCGGCUUCUGGGUUGAACUCCGCUACUGCAAUAAAACAGAUCUUGUCCGCUCAUCUGACGCGCAACACAGAUGGACCAGCAGGCCCAGUCCUAUAUGCUUGCCAGUCUGACGCGGCCCCACUCUGAGCAGCUGCUGCAAGGUCUCCAGCUGUUGCGGCAGGACCAUGAGCUGUGCGACAUUGUGCUGCGUGUGGGUGAUGCCAAGAUCCAUGCCCACAAAGUGGUGCUGGCGAGCAUCAGCCCCUACUUCAAGGCCAUGUUCACGGGCAACCUGUCAGAGAAGGAGACCUCUGAGGUGGAGUUCCAGUGCAUUGACGAGGCUGCGCUACAGGCCAUCGUUGAGUAUGCCUACACUGGCACAGUAUUCAUCUCACAGGAAAGAGUGGAGUCCCUACUGCCAGCUGCUAACCUGCUCCAGGUCAAGCUGGUGCUGAAGGAAUGCUGCUCCUUCCUAGAGAGCCAGCUAGAUGCUGGGAACUGUAUAGGCAUCUCCCGCUUCGCUGAGACCUAUGGCUGCCAUGAUCUCUGCCUGGCCGCCACUAAAUUCAUCUGCCAGAAUUUUGAAGAGGUGUGCCAGACAGAGGAGUUUUUUGAGCUGACACGGGCAGAGUUGGAUGAAAUAGUGUCAAACGACUGUCUGAAGGUGGUAACAGAAGAGACUGUGUUCUACGCCCUGGAGUCGUGGAUCAAGUACGAUGUGACUGAGCGGCAGCAGUACCUGGCUCAGCUACUGCACUGCGUCCGCCUGCCUCUCCUCAGCGUUAAGUUCCUCACCCGCCUCUACGAGGCCAACCACCUUAUCCGGGAUGACCACGCCUGCAAGCACCUGCUCAACGAGGCCCUCAAAUACCAUUUCAUGCCUGAGCACCGGCUCUCCUACCAGACAGUGUUGUCCACACGGCCACGCUGUGCUCCCAAGGUGCUCCUUGCUGUGGGAGGCAAGGCUGGACUCUUUGCCACACUCGAGAGCAUGGAAAUGUACUUCCCUCAGACGGAUUCAUGGAUUGGGCUUGCCCCUCUUAGUGUACCCCGCUAUGAGUUUGGAGUGGCAGUGUUGGACCAGAAGGUGUAUGUGGUGGGCGGCAUCGCCACGCACAUGCGACAGGGCAUUAGCUACCGGAGACAUGAGAGCACAGUGGAGAGCUGGGACCCUGACAGCAACACAUGGUCCACAGUGGAGCGCAUGGCGGAGUGUCGCAGCACAUUGGGGGUGGUGGUCCUGGCUGGGGAGCUCUAUGCCCUGGGGGGCUAUGAUGGCCAGUACUACCUACAGUCGGUAGAAAAAUAUGUCCCCAAGGUGAAGGAGUGGCAGCCUGUGGCACCCAUGACCAAGUCACGCAGCUGUUUUGCCACGGCUGUGCUGGAUGGCAUGGUGUAUGCCAUUGGUGGCUAUGGCCCCGCCCAUAUGAACAGUGUGGAGCGGUACGACCCCAGCAAGGAUGCCUGGGAAAUGGUAGCCCCCAUGGCAGACAAACGGAUCAAUUUUGGCGUUGGUGUCAUGCUAGGGUUCAUAUUUGUGGUUGGGGGACACAACGGGGUAUCACACCUGUCCAGCAUUGAGAGGUAUGACCCACACCAGAACCAGUGGACAGCGUGUCGGCCCAUGAAUGAACCACGCACAGGGGUUGGCUCAGCGAUCGUGGACAACUACCUCUAUGUGGUGGGGGGUCACUCGGGAUCAUCCUACCUGAACGCUGUCCAGCGGUACGACCCCAUCACAGACAGCUGGCUGGACUCAAGCGGCAUGAUGUACUGCCGCUGUAACUUUGGCCUGACUGCUCUUUGACCCAUGCCACCCCUGGGUAGGACGCCUUAAGAAGACUUAGACAAAAGGCAUUUCUUUUUUUGUUUUGUUUCCCCCAUUCAUCGCCAACGGGCUGAGGAGGGCUCCACACUGCCGUGGAUCCCAGAGAGAGAGCUUGUUGCUGGAUGAAUGAGCCCGGCUGGCGCCAGGGAACCACAGAUGACCAGAGUGAAAGGGUCUGGGUGGAGGAGCGGUGCAGAUCACCAUGGGUCUUGUCACAGAGACCAGGAGAUGACCACUCUACUGCUGCUGGACCAUAAAGAGGACUUUUCAAAGAUGACUGUGGGUGAAAACUGUCACUUUUUUUCAUUGAAAACUUUUUGUUUUGUUUGUGUUCAUGCCAUUAUUUCUGUUUCACACUCUAUACAUUUUUUUAUUGUUGUUGCUAUGAGCAGAACAUGUUUCAAUUUUCUAGAUCCUUAAAGUUUGUGUGUGCGUGUGACGCAGAGUGUCUGUAUGCUUGUGAGUAGAUGCAUGUCAGAUUAAAUGAUUGAUUGUU